AUGUCUCUUGACACAUAUUCCGCCAAUAAAUUCCUUAAAGAGAUUGAUUAUUUUUUGCACGGGAGAAAAAGUGCGACUAUUUGGUUGAGACCAAUAAGUGAACCGGUAAUCGGAGAAGUGGAGAAACUUGAGCGAAAAUUAGUUUAUGGUUGGACUGAUGAUGAUGAUGGAAAAGUAGAAGAAAAUAAUACUGAGUUGGGAUUUCCGGAAUUUGAUGAUUUAAUAAAACUUGGUGGUGGUGGAUUUGUCCCGCAUCUUUCAUUGGGACAAUUUCCCGGAGAGGAAGCUGCAAAGAAAGCUAUAAAAUCUUUUGAAUCGGAAUUCUUGAACGAUCCAAUCGAAUUUUUGGUUGACCAUGUGUAUGUAAUUUCACGAGAAGGAUAUCAAGAUGAUUCUUUUAGAAUCGAAGAAAUUAUUUCGUUUGGUGUUGGUGGCGAUGAUAAUAAAUGA